AUGUUUCGCGGCUACAAUACACGAAAGCACAUUCAGGAGGAGAGAGAGCACGGUAUGGAAAUAUCCAAUCCGACCUCCCCUGAUCAACCCGAUCCAGACCUAGCAGCGACGAAAAUUCAAGCCACAUUUCGUGGUUAUCUGGCCCGCAAAGAGCUUGCCCAAGUUUUAAAACAUCCCGACAUCACAAUUUGUGAUUCAGAAAAGCUCUCUCCCGACUUCGUUGAUCUUAAACUAGGUCAGGAGAAGAGCACGCAGAAGGGAUUGAAUGACACCUCCAACAAAUCCAGUCUGCAGAGAGUGCAAGAUGAGGAGAAGAGAUGCAAUUGGACAAAAACACGAAUCCAGACCGGCUAUCAGGUGCGCACGAAUUUGGCACAGGAGGAGGGAAGCGGAGCCAGCAGCCCCUGUGUGAGCCCUUACCUCUCGGAGGAUGAGGCUGCAACAAAGAUUCAGGCUGCUUUUAGAGGUUAUCAAGUGCGCAAGAACAUGCGUGCUCAGACGGCACCAAUUCCUCGCUACGCGGACCAGAAGUACGACGAGGCGGCACGCAAAAUCCAGGCCACUUAUCGCGGCUACCGAGUGAGAAAAGAGAUUGGAAACCUGAGACGUCACCUUCAUGGAGAGGAGUCGUGA